GCACUGAUCAUUCCAGAAUAUAAUAUCAAAAAACGCAUGUUUUUUGAAAAAUUCAUUGUUCCAGUUAGAGUUUUAUAUUCUGUAUAUAUUGUGCUAUGUCCUGAAUUUCUUCCUAAAGAACAAUGCAUGAAUAUAGGAGAUAAAAAUAUUCGAUUAUUCAAGG